AUGCUCAUGGACCUUCUGUCUGAGAUACAAAAUACCUCUCCGGAGAACUACGAGACAAUCUACAUAUUGGCAACUCGAGUGUACUCUGUUCUUACUGAGAAGACAGGUCCUAAUCGCCUAUUUGGUGAGCAAGGAGGGUUCUUGAUCGUGGGACAACUCCUUGCUGCCAUCCAACGCGGGCGCGAUUUAACUGAUGAAACUUCAUGCGCAUGGAUUUCUCGCCUGCUACUACUCACGCUUCAGAUUCUGACCGAUGCGAUUACUUGGAGCCGCCGCAACUUGCUUUCCUUCGAGCGCUUGUUGGGGUGGGAUAGUCUCGUGGCAACACUGAUGGAAGCUGUGCCCUCGUCCUUGCCAAGUCGUGCCAUCGCUAUGCUCUUUGGAUUAGCCCUGGGCCAGGUCACCUCUGGCAUCGAUCAGUUCAGGCUGGUGAGCGAAGCAAUACGGGACGGACCAACAUCCAGCAGACUGACACCCUGUUUAUCUAUCGUACACCCGCCUGCCAUAUAUGCAGCUGUCGCUCUCGCUGAAGAAGACCACAUUAAGCCAAAUAUACGCGAUUCUACUUACACGCUACUUCAUGACAUCUUGGUUGCCGACGAACGCAAUACCAGUUUGCUUUCGCGAACCCGUGUGCCUUCCCUGCUUCUUCGAGCGUGGCUGAACGGCAAACAUCGUUCGAAUGAGGCAUCCAUUUUGCGCCUGCUCUGGCAGGAUGGCAUCAAGCGUGCAGAAGAUGUACGCACCAUUUUUAAGCACUUAAUGCAUUCUUCCCUCGAUAAUGAAUGCGAGUUACUUCGUCUUUUAUACGAUGUGGCUGUCUCAGCUCAUCAUCCUGCCUCACUUACUAUGCAUGCAAAAGCCGCAUCCAAGGACUACGGUAUCGCAGGCAUCCACAUCCGAGAACUGCCCCGUCCAUUUCCUUCCAAUGAUCCUACCUCGGCCGGGUUCUCUCUGGCAAUGCUGUUUCACGUCGAGCACACUAUUUCUAGUGCUACGCUGGAUCUAUUUCGUCUCGAAAGUGCACCUGCGCAACCCAUGCGUCUUGUCCUCGACAUGACUUCUGGUACUCUCAUGUACGAUCCAGGUGGUCAUGCCCAACGGCCAUAUUCCCUUCUUCGCGCUCGACUAAAACAGGGUGCCUGGCAUUCUGUGGUACUCACACAUUCCAGAUCUAUGCCCCGCGUCGCAUCAACUGUCCAUGUGUAUCUGGACGGGAAGCGGGUCUGCACCUUGCAAGUGCCUUGGCCUGGCACCUUUCCGCAUCCUGCCUCUGUGUGCCUAGGUGGGGCAUCCGUUGUCGGUGAGGGCCAAGCGACAUGGUCGCUUGCCUCUGCAUUCCUCAUGGAUGGCCUCAUUGCGCCGAGUAUUCCUGCGCUUUUACACGAACUUGUCCCAUCCUACACGGGCAACUUUCAAGCUCCUCUUGCACGGUUCCUUCCCUAUGCCGGGCUAGCACGAAUGCAUGCGCGUCUUAGCGAGCUCGCUGAGGCAAGCAACCCGCGCGGACAGAGUCAGACUUAUCGUGCUCUGAAGAAUGCGCUACAUGUGGCAGCUGCCGAUGUUUUUCCGCUGGACCAUUUCUACCUGCACUUUCAGGCGGACCAUACCCUCCGCUGCGGAGCCCAGGUCCUUAUCCCUAACCAGGCGAUGCCCCAUCUGUUGAAGGACAUACGUCCGUCUGAGAGCCAUGGCAUAGUGGUUGGUCUGCCCACACUGCGCCUCCCCCACCGCUUGGAUGAGGCCAUUUGGUCUCUGGGUGGCUGUGUGGUGCUCCUGCGACUGGUGGAGCUUGCCAAUUCCUCUGCAUCGCUAGAAGCUUGCGUCUGUUUGUUCUUGCGCCUCCUGUCAUUUUCCUGGCGCCUAGCCGAAGACGCCGAACAUAUUCGCGCCUUUGGCAUCCUAAGUGCAUUACUGCGUACAAAGACUCGUCUGAUCACGCUACCAAUCCUGUCUGCUCUACUAGAAGCUGCAGCACCCGCUGCAGGCUGGGCGAACGUGCAACUGUAUCGGGCCGUCCUACUCGAUACAGAUCUCUGGGUCUACACGUCCGACACAGUGCAGCUGGCCUAUGCCAAGCACUUUCAACAGCUGCUGCCGCUGGGUGGACGUGGUCUUGCUGAAGUACACCUCGUGCGCCAACUUAUCCACUAUGCAAUGCGGGCCUUCUGCGUCCCCAUUCAUGUUUUGAAUGAAGCUAUGCAGGCGGCUCUAGAAGGUCACUUUCGAGCGCGCAACAUUCAAGCGCUGGUGCAAUUUUUGGCUAUUCAACUAGGUAACGUGGCCCCCGAUGCUGCCUCACUGGGUGUGGCUCAAGUGCGCACGGGCGAUUCGCUCUUUGUCGCGCCAAUGGAAGCCAAUCAAGCCAUGGUGCCGACACCGCCUACACAGGAUCCUCGUGGCUGUGAAUUGGCGCGGCUCUGGCUAGCCACACUUCUUCGAAUUCUUGCCUUGGACAACGCGCAUGUCAAGUUGGCCGCAGAAGCUGUACAAGCCAAAUGGCUCCUGGUGCUGUUGCGUCCAGGACUGUUACCUCAGGAUGCCGAGCUCGUCUUGCCUCUAGUGCAGCAACUGCUCUCUGCGUCACCCAACUUAGCACACUCGUUCACUCGAAUGGGUGGUUUUCGGGUGCUGGAAGCGACGCUACCCUCACUGUGGCAUGUACCCUCUGUCUUUCCAUGGCUGUGGACGCUUUGUCUCGGACCACGAAAGCGCAUGUCAUCUUUGUUCGAGACAUUCUCAAAGCUAGACGACGCUCCAUUGCACUUUCCACAGGCACUGCGUGUCCUGGUCCAAUGUAUUGGAGCUGGACUCCAAGAAUGCCGCCCCAUUCAGCGUCAGCGACGUGCAUCUGUUCCCAUGGUCUCGCCUGAUGCGACAAGGCUAAGGUCACUAAAAGAAUCAGUGUCUCUCCUCGUGUUACAUGCCGUCGAGCCCAAAUUCUACACUCUACUCAUGCUUGCCCCGACUUUGGUUUGUAUCUUGCGUGCUACAGCUCCGCGCUAUAUGGAUGCACCUUGUGGCGAACCUGUGGCUUCUCUCUGUGAUGACCUCACUGGCAUGCUAGCUUAUUUGAUGGCUAAUAUGACGCUACAAUCUCAUACCCUCACCCUUUUGCACAACAUGCAUGGGGCUAUGCCGACGCCCGACCCACUCGUCCAGUCGCGUUUGUGUGUGGCCCUUUAUAUACCUCUGUUGGAACAGCUAAUGCGGCUGCUCCAAACACGGCCUCUGGGACGCCCGUCCCUGGACCUCGUCGCAGAUAUUUUGGAGCUGACAUCCAACGAGUCUAUGCGAGACCCUCUUCUGCAAAAGCGCAUUUUUGAAUUAGCGGACAUUCUCGUUGGUGCCCCGACACGCAUUCUGUCAUCUCGUGCGCAGAGUCAAGCUACUGUGGCAUUGGAACGCAAUAUUCUACACGGUUUUUCCGUUCCACAAACUCUUCCGGAUGUUUUGCGUUUUUGUGAGCGUGCCAAGCAUUUUGUACUGACGGAGAACGCUGACGAAACCUUCUUGCGAAUUGUAGUUUAUCACUCCUACAUGCACCACGAAAGAAACUUACAUGCGGCUUUAUGCUUGGAGUAUAUGCGCAAUCACUGGCCAAAUCUCGUGCCUGACCAUGACGCAGACCUAGCCGAUUACUCGACCCUCUGGGAAAAUGUAAUGACCUCACAACGUUCAUUUCUACAUCGUUUGACACAUGAACACUGGCGUCAGUGGCAGUGCAAGCCGAGUCCACGAGCUCUGGCUAUGCUAAUCGUACACAAGCGCCUUUCUGCUUGGUACAAUGCCCUUGUAGAGCACAGCACGCUUCGUAACGCUCGCUAUGCUCAAGACACUCGCGAAGAUAUUACGUAUCUUUUAAGAACCUGGUAUGACUUGCGUCAGAACAACCAACUUACCGAUUUGAACACUCGCAUUUGGCAAUUGGAUCCAACGGAAGGCCCAUGCCGCGCACGUAUCAAGCUAUGGUCUGUGCCUGACCAUAACCCAUCAGAUCCACUGACACUACGUCGAACACCCUCCCCCCCUAUACAUACUUCGGAGCAGGAUGCAAGACUACUGCCAGAAGAGUUUGAUGUCGGAACCUCAUCGCAAGACGAGAUUUCUGCGCCUAACGCGUCUUCGCUGCGCAAUGGCAAUGUGCCUGAAGUCGUGGUGGAUGAACUGACGGAACCUGUUGAGUACUAUGAAGACAAAAUUCGAUGGAUUCUUCGGACACUCCAGGCAGGUGAUACGGUGGAAGGCAUCUUCAAUACCGCGCGCGUUGUUGGUGUGGAUGUACAGCCCAGUCUUUUCCUUAUCGGUACUCACCAUCUCUACCUCUUGGAUAAUUUUUUUUACCGCCCAAAUGGAGAGAUUGUCAAUUUUGCAGAUGCCCCCCACGAAGAGCGAGACAUGUUGAUUCUGGCUGCGGGCAUGGCUCUAUUGCCUGAUGUUAAUGAACCUGUACGCGUUUGGCGUUGGGACUUGCUGAAACAUUAUCUUCAUCGUGCUUGGCUGCAUCGGCGGACGGCACUGGAGUUAUUUUUCACAGACGGGCAAAGCUGCCUGCUGGUGCUGCCUUCGCACGAGCACAUAUCCAGGCUUUCCGAUUUGAUUCGUCUGAAAAUGCCACAGGCGCAUGCUGCCUCCGAAGCACUCAUUGAAAGCAUUACCGACUUGGCUACAACAUCAACUCGUCUGCCUCUCCGGCGGCCUUUUGGACGUGCAACGACGGCCUGGCAAGAGAGGCGGCUAUCCAAUGCCGAAUACUUGAUGAUUCUAAAUACCCUUGCUGGACGAACCAUGAACGACCUUGCACAAUUUCCUGUCUUUCCUUGGGUCCUCGCUGAUUAUGACAGCACGGACCUGGACUUAAAACGACCGUCCACUUUUCGACAACUCGACAAACCUAUGGGUGCUCAGCAGGCUGAACGUCAAGCUGAAUUCAUCGAAAGAUACGAGCAACUGCAGCAAGUGCAAAUGGAGCCUUUCCACUAUGGCACGCACUACUCUACAGCUACAAGUGUAUGUGCUUUUUUGAUCCGAGUACAUCCUUUUGCCAACAUAUUGAAAGAACUUCAGGGCGGUAAUUUUGAUCUCCCUGAUCGUUUGUUUGCUUCUGUGCGCGAUACAUGGAUCUCUGCGAGCGAGCGAUCUUGCGCAGAUGUCCGUGAGCUGAUUCCCGAAUUUUAUUUUCUUCCGGAGAUGUUCACGAAUGCCAAUCAUUUUGUUUUUGGCACCACCCAGGCGGGUAAAGAUGUCGAUGAUGUUGAAUUGCCGCCGUGGGCCCACGGAGAUCCUUUCUUAUUUAUUCAGAAGCACAGAGAAGCUCUCGAGUCGGACUAUGUAAGUGCCCAUCUACACGAAUGGAUCGAUCUAAUAUUCGGUUACAAGGCAAGUGGCCAAGAGGCGGUAGCCUCAACGAAUGUGUUUCAUCCUAUGUCCUAUGCCCAUGCAGUUGAUCUAGAGGGUAUCGACUCCCUCCUCGAGCGCCAAGCUGCGGCACAAGUUGUCCACAACUUCGGACAGACACCCGCACAGUUGUUCAAUCGGCCCCACCCUCCCCGUCUUGCCGCACGACCUUUGGAACCCUGGCAAAAUGGUGCAGAUAUGCUCCUGUAUCCCCGACUUUUAAUUCAGAGCCGAGCUCCGGUAGCUCAUGUCCCUGGACCGGUCCAUCGAAUUGACGGGCCUUCCGACUCGUUGUAUGCUUCCACACGCGAACAUGUCCUGCUACGCGAGGCGGAGUUGACGCUAUCCUAUGGAUAUAUGGACAAUUCCGUGCGCUUCUUGAAAUUGGAUGGUCGACCCGUGGCCAUGCUGGAGCAUGCCACUGUCGGACGUAUCACUUGUAUGGAAGCACUCCGUCACAUGGUGGUCUUUGGAUCUGAUGAUGGAAUGGUGCACAUGUAUUCUUUGCAGCUACCAAAUCCUCGUCUUGAAAUACGAGCCGCCUUGAAUGGGCAUACAGCAGCUGUUAUUACCAUGGCUACAUCAACCUCGUGGAGUAUCAUGGUGACAGGCAGCAAAGACCACACUGUAAUGCAAUGGGAUCUGAACCGCUGUCGCUUUAUAAGACAGCUAGAGGGGCCAGAUCAACCUGUGGAACACGUCGCCAUUGACGACAAAAAGGGAUGGAUUGCUGCCGCUGCUGGUACUUCUGUGUGGAUAUGGUCUAUCAAUGGUGUGCUGCUAGUCCAACAGAGCACACGGAGUGCUACAUACCAUCCUCUUUCUAGCAUGACAUUUAUUUGCCGCGAUUACCACAUUGGAAAACUGGGUGUUCUUGUUACAGGCCAUUGUGGUCUCAUUGUGUUGUGGGAUAUUGUGUCGCAGCACGAGCGUGCUUUUGCGCCACGAUGGCGUCUCUCCAAGCUUGCCAUAUUUCCCAUGCGCGAUCAAGAAGAGGUUUCCAUUACGGCUUUGCGGGCUAGUAGCUCAUCCUUGCUAAGCGUCGGCGAUAGCUGUGGGCGGCUCUAUUCUUGGAAUUUACCUGGUGCUUCUGUGCCUCUUGCCAUACCUGACGAUAAAUGUUACGGAGGGUGCCAGCGACACUUUGGCUUUCUUGACAAGAAAAGGACUUGCCAGGGUUGUGGUGGAUGGUUCUGUCAACGCUGCUCAUCCAGCUAUGUUGGUGGCCAGUUACGGCUUUGCUUGAAUUGUGCAGGAUUUUUAGGAUCUAGAGGCAUGAGUCUGUAA